GUGACGUAACAGCUAGCAGACUACGGUGCGCCGUUUGUGACCAAGAGCAGAACGCGCGAAGUAAGAGAAUACGAGCGACAUUUCAGAAAGGUCCAUGGAUCCCUCACGUGAAGCCUAGUGAUUAUCGCAUGUGAACCGACAGCAACAUGGACAAUCCCAAACGCAAGUUAAGAUCUGGAAAGGAAGUUUUGAAGGACAAAGGCCAAUCUAAGGAGAAGCCCAAUGAUACCGGCUCGGGAGAUGCUUCAUCAGCACACAAAGAGUCUGAUGAUUCUGGACAUGUUGUAGAGGAAAGUGAGCGUGAGGACCGGUCUGAAGAACAUGGCUCUUCGCAAACAACCGAGGCUUUGGUUUGUUCACUUUGCGACUUUGUUGCAAAAACUAAAACUGCACUGAAAAUUCACUCAUCGAGGAAACACUCUCAUAAAGGAGGCGUACAGAACGACACAGGGUUGAGUUCUUCGCAAAACACACCCCGGGUACAAGAAAGCGAUGCCUCUGCACCUCUGUCAGAGGAGGACACACAGACCGAGAGCCAACACACACACAAGGCUGACGGAAGAGCCAAUCCCAGUCAGAUCCUGCUGGAAAUAGUUGAGCCCAUCUCAUGUAGAUCAGUGAAGGAUGAGGAAGACACAAACCAGACCUGUACAGAUGGCCCGGAUACAAAAGCUGGCUACAGUUUGGAUUCGGACACUAAAGUGAAAAGUAAUAAAAAUGGUGGAAUUGAUGGACAUUCAAAGCCUAGUACUUGUGUAGAGGAAUUCACAGAUGCAUGCCGUCCAGAAAACCAUAUCAAAAGGCAACAUAACAGCAAGUCUGAUCAUGAGAAGCACAAACGGAAGAUGUUGGAGAAUCAGGAUUCAUUAGAGACAGAGAAGACUGAAGCCCGGUCACAGUCACAGACUCAGGAAUCUCGGACAAAAGGCCGGUCAAAGCAUCAGUGCGACCGAUGCGACUUCACAGCCAACAGCUCCGUCAUGUUAGCGCAGCACAUUAAAACGGUCCACCCACCGGAGCACCGCUUCCACUGCCGGCUCUGCCAUUACUACACCAGCACCACUGAGGCCAUGCAGAGCCACCUCUGCGAGGAAGCCCACCUGCAGCUGGCCGACCAGAACCACACCAGCGCUCUGUUCGAAGACUGUGUGGAGAAGAUCCUGGUGAUCCUGUCCGAUCAAAGGGAGCCUGAAGGUCAGGAGGAGGAACAGCCGAGGAAAGACUCUCCUCACAAACGCAAGCGCGGUAGACCGAAAACGUCCAAUGAGACCGUCUGUAGACACUGUGGACUCGUCGCGUCCAACGCCACCAACCUCAGUGUCCACAUCCGCCGCAGGCACAGCCGGCUCUACAGCUUCGUCUGCACGCUCUGCAGCUACUACUGUGUUACCAAAGGAGACAUGGACCGUCACUGCGAGACCAAGAAGCACCUCAACAAGAUACAAGCCGCCGGAGGUGACGACAGCAGUGUAGUUCUUCUAGACUCCGAGCAGGCUGCUCAAGCUAAGACAACAGAGGUAGCACACACAGUAGCAGAGAUCGAGAUGACGAUUGAGGACGAUGACGUGGAUGAGGCCAGUGUGCCGCGCAAGAGAAGCAAGCCUGAUCUGGGUAACGUCUGUGCUCAGUGUGGCUUUCCCGCUCACUCUGCGGCAUCUCUUGCCCUCCACGUGCGACGCAAGCACACCAAAGACUUCGAGUUUGUGUGUCUGGCGUGCAGCUACUACACCGUGACACGCAGAGAGAUGUUCAGGCACAUGGCCACUGAGAAACAUAAGCAGAAGCGAGAGAGUUACCUGAAGAGACCGAAGCAAAGCUCCAAGCCAGAGACUGUCGGCGGAUCGGAGGAGAUCCAGGACACGACUGAAGAGACAGAGCCUUCGAUAGAGACGCCUGAGGAUCAGGAUGGAGAAAAACAAUCUGCUGUGAAGAAUACAGCCAAAGACAAGGAAGAAUCCCCAACUAAUCCAACAGAAGAAUCUCCAACUAAUCCAACGGAAGAAUCCCCAACUGAUCCAACUGAAGAAUCCCCAACUGAUCCAACUGAAGAAUCUCCAACUGAUCCAAUGGAAGAAUCCCCAACUAAUCCAACGGAAGAAUCCCCUACUGAUCCAACGGAAGAAUCCCCUACUGAUCCAACUGAAGAAUCUCCAACUGAUCCAGCUGAAGAAUCUCCAACUGAUCCAGCUGAAGAAUCUCCAACUGAUCCAAUGGAAGAAUCCCCAACUAAUCCAACGGAAGAAUCCCCUACUGAUCCAACGGAAGAAUCCCCUACUGAUCCAACUGAAGAAUCUCCAACUGAUCCAGCUGAAGAAUCUCCAACUGAUCCAGCUGAAGAAUCUCCAACUGAUCCAACGGAAGAAUCUCCAACUGAUCCAAAGGAAGAAUCCCCAACUAAUCCAAUGGAAGAAUCCCCAACUGAUCCAACGGAAGAAUCCCCAACUGAUCCAACAGAAGAAUCUCCAACUGAUCCAGCUGAAGAAUCUCCAACUAAUCCAACGGAAGAAUCUCCAACUGAUCCAAAGGAAGAAUCCCCAACUAAUCCAAUGGAAGAAUCCCCUACUGAUCCAACAGAAGAAUCUCCAACUGAUCCAGCUGAAGAAUCUCCAACUAAUCCAACGGAAGAAUCUCCAACUGAUCCAAAGGAAGAAUCCCCAACUAAUCCAAUGGAAGAAUCCCCUACUGAUCCAACUGAAGAAUCUCCAACUGAUCCAACGGAAGAAUCCCCAACUGAUCCAACAGAAGAAUCCCCAACUAAUCCAAUGGAGGAAUCCCCAACUGAUCCAACGGAAGAAUCCCCAAUUGAUCCAACGAAAUCAAACGAGAUCCAGUCAACGACGAUUGAGAAAGACUCAACACUGGAGGAUAUGGAUGAGGAAAACAUGUUUUAUGAGGAUGAAACUUCAGACUUAGGAGAUGACAGUGAGAAAUACCUCAGAGGAGCACAGUUUGACGCUUGCAUUUUUCCUUUAAAAACACUAACAGAGCACAAGAUCCCACAUGACAGACAACAAACGACAGGCGCUUCCGUGAGGAAAACUCCCGAGACGAAGCCGGCCAAACCGACUCCCCGCAUCCGCUGUGAGGACUGUGGGUUUCUGGCUGAUGGCUUGAGCGGCCUGAACGUGCACAUCUCCAUGAAGCAUCCGUCCAAGGAGAAGCACUUCCACUGCCUGCUGUGUGGGAAGUCAUUCUACAGUGAGAGUAACCUGCAGCAGCACCUGAGCAGCGCGGCUCACCUGCGCAACGAGCACGGCAGCGUGGAGGACCUGCCCGACGGGGGCGCCAGCUUCAGGUGUGUGCGCUGCAGCGAGCCCUGCCACACCGAGCAGGACCUGUUCCUGCACAUCAAGGAGAAGCACGAGGAGCUGCUCAGGGAGGUCAACAAGUAUGUAGUGGAGGACACGGAGCAGAUCAAUCGGGAGCGGCAGGAGAACCAGGGCAGCGUCUGCAAGUACUGCGGGAAAGUGUGCAAGAGCAGCAACUCCAUGGCCUUCCUGGCCCACAUCCGCACUCACACAGGAUCCAAACCGUUCAUGUGCAAGAUCUGUAACUUUGCCACCGCUCAGCUCGGAGACGCACGCAACCACGUCAAGAGACACCUGGGCAUGAGAGAGUACAAGUGCCACAUCUGUGGAUGGGCCUUUGUGAUGAAGAAGCACCUGAACACUCAUCUACUGGGAAAGCAUGGACUGGGUCAACCUAAAGAGAGAAAGUUUGAGUGUGAUCUGUGUGAGCGCAGCUUCAGUGAGAAAUGGGCUCUGAAUAACCAUAUGAAGCUGCACACCGGAGACAAACCCUUCAAGUGCAGCUGGCCCUCGUGCCACUACGCCUUCCUCACCCUCUCUGCCAUGAAGGACCAUCACCGGACACACACAGGAGAGAAGUCUUUCCUCUGUGAUCUCUGUGGAUUCGCUGGAGGAACUCGUCACGCUCUGACCAAACACCGACGCCAGCACACAGGCGAGCGGCCUUUCAAGUGUCAGCUGUGCAGCUUCGCCUCCACCACACAGUCUCACCUGACGCGGCACAAGCGUGUGCACACGGGCGAGAAGCCCUACCGCUGCCCCUGGUGCGACUACAGAUCGAACUGUGCAGAGAACAUCCGUAAGCACAUCCUGCACACAGGCAAGCAUGAGGGAGUGAAGAUGUACAACUGUCCCAAGUGCAGCUACGCCACCAACGGCCCCAUGGACUUCAGGAACCACCUGAAGGAGACGCACCCGGACCUGGAGAACCCAGACCUGGCUUACCUGCACGCAGGAAUCGUGUCGAAGUCGUUCGAGUGCCGCCUGAAGGGUCAGGGUGCGUCGUUCGUGCAGGCGGAGGCGGCGUUCGCCCCGGAUGAGCCUGAGCUGGGGUCCGAGGCGCUCCAGCAGGUCAUCAUCAUCCAGGGCUACGGCGGGGGAGAGGUGGCCAUUGAUCAGGCCCUGGAGGAGUCGGCCGCCGCCACGCUACAGACCCUGGCCAUGUCCAGCCAGCUGGCGGAGGUGCUGCACCUCACUGAGGACGGGCAGCUGAUCACCUCCCGGGACCAGACGCGAUACGUGCUGGUGGAGUCGUCCGGAGAGGCUCGAGAGCAGGAGGAGGCGGAGCGCGGGGUGUGCGAGUCCUCCUCGGCUCUGGACGCGCUGCUCUGCGCUGUGACGGAGAUGGGCCAGCAGGGCGGCGCUACAGAGAUCACCUCCGAUCAGAAGAGCGACGCUCAGACGCCUCCGGCUCAGGCGUACGAGGAGACGCCGGAUCAGGUGAUGAGUUCGGCCAAUCAGCACACGUCUGAGCAGAUGCAGGAGGUGCUGCAGUUCGCAGCCAGUCAGCUGAUGAUGAAGGAGGGGCUUACGCAGGUGAUUGUCAACGACGAGGGUACGCACUACAUCGUCACUCAGCUGGACGACUCCACGCUGCACGUCGAGGAGCCGUCCGGAGAGGAGACCGUCGUUUACUCCGAAGUGAGUCAGGAGUGAAGGUUCUCUCCAGCUGAAGCUGGACGACUCCUCGCUGACCGUCGAGGAGACCGCCGUUUACUUCGAUGUGAGUUUCUCUCCAGCUGAAGAUAGUCACUCAGGGUCUUUUCCCAUCACAACGCUUUUUGGGAUUUUUCUUUUUUGAUUCUAUAUGCAAUUGGCACAUAGCUGUGAAAUGGUGUGGAAAUGCAACAUAUCCUAAUACUAAAGGCUAAUUCGGUUCAAUGUGUGUAGAUGUUUAGAUUACUAAUGAGCGCCUUGUUAACCGACUUCUGUUUUCCUUUACGUGUGUUUGGUGAAACACCCACUCUGAUUCAGGACUGUCAUCUCAAGAAACUCCAGUCAGUAAAGGCCAGGAAAUAAAACUGUGGAAAAUUAAUAUUUAUAACCUUGAUAUUUUCUUUGGUACAGGAAGCGUUUGAGUAAAACUCUGAAUAUACUUCCAUUUACAAGUUUCCUUUUGAGAGAUUGAUUGCUUGCUUGUGAAGUCCUCUAAAUAAAGAACUGAGCAGUU